GCUCGAGAAAAUUUCGAGGCCUCAUUAUAGCCGCUUUCCAUCUCCAUCUCCGUCCCCAUCGUGCACCCCGACAGCACCAUCGUGUGUUUCUCGCCUCUGUUCCCCUUACUCUCCGCUCCAUCUCGUUUUUAAUUGUCAUUUAUACUAUCUAGAGGGAGCCGUCACAAUGUCGACCGCUUUCCGAUCCCUUGCGCCUUUCCUGCGCACCGCCCGACAAGGUCUACGGGCUAACCCCAUCAACCCUCUUCAGUCCACCUUUAGCAAGCAGAACACCUCCGGUGUCCUCAACCUUUACCGCACAUAUGCUGUUUUUGAGCGAUCAAAGCCUCAUGUGAACAUCGGUACAAUUGGUCACGUCGAUCACGGCAAGACCACUCUUUCUGCUGCCAUCACAAAGCGACAGGCCGACAAGGGCCUCGCCAACUUCCUUGAGUAUGGUGCCAUUGACAAGGCUCCUGAGGAGCGAAAGCGUGGUAUUACCAUCUCGACCGCACACAUCGAGUACGCCACCGACAACCGCCACUACUCCCACGUCGACUGCCCCGGUCACGCCGAUUACAUCAAGAACAUGAUUACCGGUGCAGCCAACAUGGACGGUGCUAUCAUCGUCGUUGCUGCCUCCGAUGGACAGAUGCCCCAGACCCGUGAACACUUGCUCCUCGCUCGUCAGGUCGGUGUCCAGCGAAUUGUCGUCUUCGUCAACAAGGUCGAUGCCAUUGAUGACCCCGAGAUGCUUGAGCUCGUCGAGAUGGAGAUGCGCGAGCUUCUUAACACCUACGGCUUCGAAGGCGACGACACUCCCGUCAUCAUGGGCUCUGCUCUUAUGUCUCUCCAGAACCAGCGCCCCGAGAUUGGCACCGAGAAGAUCGAUGAGCUCCUUGCUGCCGUCGACGAGUGGAUCCCAACCCCCGAGCGUGACCUUGACAAGCCCUUCCUUAUGUCCGUCGAGGAUGUCUUCUCCAUUGCCGGCCGUGGUACCGUCGUGUCUGGCCGUGUGGAGCGUGGUAUUCUGAAGCGUGAUCAGGAGAUCGAGCUUGUCGGAAAGGGUCAGGAGGUUAUCAAGACCAAGGUUACCGACAUUGAGACCUUCAAGAAGUCUUGUGAGCAGUCCCAGGCUGGUGACAACUCUGGUCUCCUCAUCCGAGGUGUUCGCCGUGAGGAUGUCCGCCGUGGUAUGGUCGUCUGCGCUCCUGGCACCGUCAAGUCUCAUACCCAGUUUCUCGCUUCCCUCUACGUCCUCACCAAGGAGGAGGGUGGCCGACACACCGGUUUCCAGGAGCACUACCGACCCCAGCUCUAUCUCCGAACUGCAGAUGAGUCCAUUGACCUGACUUUCCCCGAGGGUACUGAGGAUGCCUCCAGUAAGAUGGUCAUGCCUGGUGACAACACCGAGAUGGUUGUCACCAUGGGUCACCCCAAUGCCAUCGAGGUUGGUCAGCGAUUCAACAUCCGUGAGGGUGGCCGAACUGUCGCUACUGGUCUCUGCACUCGCAUCAUCAAGUAAGCGGCGCUUUAGACAAGAAAUGAAAAAGUUAACGGGGACGGUGUACGAAUUAUUACGCUUAUGUACAAUCAUGCAAUGCCUUUCUUUGAGUCCAUUUUGGCUCCUGUACAUUUAUUUAGCUGGCCUUGGGGCUCAAAGAUCUCCGCUCUGCUUCCUCCCACCUUCUUGGUGAUCUGAAUUAGAUAAAAUCUAGGGGAGGCAGUAAUAAGACUUAUAAACUAGAAAACCCAUUUCGGCUUGAAUCGCUUGUUCAUUGCGGCAGUAUGAUGGUCAUUGUGGCCGUGAUAAGUCAUGAUGACUGGAUCAACAUUUGAUGAGCACAACGGG